AUGUCGAGUCUCUCGCCAUUUAUUAUGGCAAUCUUCAACCCGACGUCAUCGUACUGGGGAUAUGAAUUCUUUGCCGUUUCACUUAGUUCAAUCGCGCCGGGCGCCAUCAUCCUUAUUUCUAGCAGGAUCAUUGCUGAAGGUCUGCCUUUUGAGACUCAGGGUUUGGCGACAGGGGCCAUUUGCACUGUUGCCAUGGUCGGAUCGUCUAUUGGCAUGUCGUUGGCUGGAUUUAUCUCAUAUGAUGUGACCACAUCUCAAAGUCCACUAUCUGGUGAAAGUGCGUCUUUCGUUGAGUCCCCAGAGGCAAUCAUGAACGGCUAUCGAACAGCCUUUUGGUUUUUGUUUGUAAUGAACUUAGUCGGUCUCGGUAUCACCCUGUGUUGUCUGCGGAAGAUUGGAUACUUGGGACGCGCAUUAACAUAG